AUGCCGCUCCCGAAGCACGAGUAUGUCUCCUCUGUAUGGCAGCCCGACCUGUUCCGUGGCAAGGUCGUCUUCUGCACCGGCGGCAACGGAUCCAUCUGUUCCGCGCAGGUGCGUGCCCUCGUCCACUUGGGCGCCAACGCUUGCAUCGUCGGGCGGAAUGUCGAGAAGACAGUCUCGGUGGCCAAAGACCUGGAGACGGCGCGUGGGGGAAGCAAAGUCCUGGGGAUCGGCGGUGUGGAUGUCCGGGACGUUCAGAGCCUGGGCAAGGCGGUCGACGAGUGUGUCAAGGUGCUCGGCGGCAUUGACUUUCUAAUUGCUGGGGCUGCGGGCAACUUCCUGGCUCCCCUCGCCCAACUCUCCCCUAACGCCUUCAAGACCGUCAUGGACAUUGAUAUCCUGGGUUCCUACAACAUCACCAAGCUCUGCCUCCCCCACCUCGUCGCCUCUGCCAAGAAGUACAACUCGUCGUCCUCCCUUCCGAAAUCAGAUUCUUCAGGGCCGGGCGGCCGGAUCAUCUAUGUGUCCGCGACGAUCCACUACACCGGCUUGCCCAUGCAAACCCACGUCGCAGUUGCAAAAGCAGGUGUUGACGCCCUCUCCGCAAACGUGGCGAUAGAAUACGGUCCCCUCGGCGUCACCAGUAACAUUAUCGCUCCAGGUCCGAUUGCAGGCACGGAAGGAAUGGACCGACUUUCCCAAGAACACAAGAGACGAGAUGAUCAGACGGGAGCAAAGGUGGGGCGCAAAAUCCCAUUGGGACGAUGGGGAACAAUCAAGGAAAUUGCAGACGCGACGGUAUAUUUGUUCAGCGACGCGGCAAAUUAUGUCACGGGGGACAGAUUGGUUGUCGAUGGUGGCGCAUGGCACACGUUCUCCGGAUCACCUGGAUCGGAUUUUGAGUAUCCAGACUUCAUCCUGAGUGGCAAGGAGGUUACAGGUGUGGGUGGCUCGAAGAAAAAGAAUUCGGGAUCGAAGCUGUAA